AUGUGUUUUGCUCAUAGGCCUUCGACUACAACGCUCUUGCCGUCGUCGUUGACAUCCCGUAUCACGCGACAAUACUUGACAGAGGCGGAGGAGGUCAUAAGGAACAGGUUCGAGAAUGCGCAAGCGACGGACGAAGCGGAACAAGCUACAGACGCGAUACCUUCUCAGGAAACCCCAGGCGCGUUUCGCAGAAAGUUUAGUCUCAAAUAUGUACCCAAAGGAUUGAAGCAGGACAAGCGGCUGCUGCAGCGCACUCGGAUGCAGGAGCUCGAGAAAUAUACCCAAUGGGGCCACCUGCGACACCAAUGUCCCAGUUCAGAGUUGGCUGCUGUGCAGAAGCAAUUCAACAAAUGGAAGGCAGCAAUACGGCGACUGAACUCCAGCCGAGUGACGGUCGCACAUGGCGAGGAUCGGGGCAAGUGGCUAUAUGGUCUGUCUGAUGUAACACUUAUGCGCGAUGCUUGGGAAGCGACUAGUAUCGAAGCGAGGCAAAACGCCUGGCCAGAGGUCAUGCUCGCGACACUGCGCUGGUGUCCCGGCAAGGCGAGUAUGGUUCUGGAAGCAACCAUGAACCCAUUGCCCCCUGGCUAUGCCAUCCACGAUGUACUUCGCUCCAUAGCGCAGAGCCUACAGCUUUACACCGUCAAGAAUAUCAACGACAGAGCCUCGAUGGCUGACGAGGUCUUGGCUCUUCUAGCGCACAUCCUAGAAGAUACUCCGAAAGGCCAUGUCCCUAUCCAGCAAAGCACUCUCGGUCUUUAUGCGAAGCGGCUUCCGGCUUCCCAAGCAAAAGAUCUAUACGACAUACUGAAGAAACAGAACUUCAAGCUUCACAAAAACACAUGUCUACAGUUUGCCCGUAGGUUGGCUGGCGAGGCUGCCUACAAGAAUGCGGCUUACGAGAUACUCAGAGCAAUGGUGGAGAAUGGAGCGACAUUGAACGAUGCUGCCUCAGCCAGUACAGUCACGACGCUUUUACAUUGCAAGGCAGCAAAUGCUGGCUGGUCCCAGCAAGUCGAAAGCUUUCCAGCAACAGAUGCUCUACAGUUAUUCAUGGAACACGGCUUCAAGCCAAAUACCAUCACUCUUACAGCUGUCCUGGACUCGCUAUGUCAGCAGGGGCAGACGGAGGAGGCAAUUCGACUAGCUCUACUAUUUGCAGAAUCCGGUGUGCCAUUGGACGGCAAGACUUGGACAACUGUCUUUGCUGGAGCCAAAGCUAGCCUGAAUGUUGAGAAUGUGAGCAAGGCCUUGAUGGUCGCCAAGGUCACACCAGUUCCAUAUGAGAGCGUUCUGAGCAACGCCCUGCAUGCCGUCUUUUACUUUGCCGACGCGGAAACUCGACGCAAGAGAGAAAAGGCGCCUUGGUCGAUACCAAUGUUUCGACCCAUGCUAAAAGUGUACGCGAAGAAGCUUGAGCUCAAGUCUCUACAGUGGUGGUUGCCCGAUUCGCUGCCGUUACUGCUGAGCGAUGAAGGUGUUGACACAGAAAUGGAUGACAAAUUUCGCGAUCCGUUGGAUCGUCAGUGGGAUUUCAUGCACACAAUCUUGCCCGUGGCGGACGAACUUUUUGCAGCCAAUGAGGACGCCGGGGAGGGCAAGCUGCAGCCCACCAGUACGGCCGACGGGGUGAUGCUGCGGGCCUACAUACGAUCACUGUCUCGCCCGCAGGAUAUUCUAUCAUUUUACAAGUUCUUUCGGUCCCGGCUUGAGGAGCAGAGCAAAUACCCUUCGCUCCUGUUGCGAAAUCAGGGCGCCAUGGUUCACGACACAUUCAUCUUGGUCAUGACAGAGCACCAAGAGCUGUGGAGAGAGGCGUUGCAUGUGUUUGGAGACAUGCUUAAAGACUCUAUGCGCCCCAGCUCGGCAGCCAGCAAAGACAGCGCUUCAGACAAAGCUGCAGAGCUGAGAAGCGAGGUCGUAGAGCCAGACAUCUUCAAUGCAGCGGUUGAAAAAGCAUCGGCGGGGCCGGUUCAUCCUGCGCCGACCGUGUUCACGCUGACGGUUUUGCUGCGCGGCUUGCUCUACCAAGGUGAAACUGCUCUCGCCGCGCAGAUGAUGCAGGUGAUGCGGGAACUCGACAUUGAACCCAACCUGGUGACGUGGAACACGCUGAUCCGACACCACGCGCUGGCGCAGAGCACACGGAUGACGGUGACGUUGCUGCAAGAGAUGGAAGCGGCCGGUGUGAAGCCGGACAUGUACACAUACAACGCCUUUAAUAAGCUGCGGGAUCAGGAUAAGGCGCUGAAGAUGAUGCAGGCAAUUGUCGACGAGAACCGCCUGAGCAUAGUGGCGGGCGGGACAGCAUAG